AUGGAGCUCCCCUCGACCAUGAAAGCCUGGCUUUACUCCAACACCACCGGCGGCCUCGAGAACAACCUCGAGCUGAGCACCUCCGCCCGCACCCCCGGCCCACCAGGCCACAGCCAACUGCUGAUCAAAGUCAUCUCAGCCUCCAUCAACCCGGCCGACUACAAAGUCCCCGAAAUGCGCAUCGUCCCGCGGUUUUUUGUGUCCUAUCCCGCCACCCCGGGAAUGGACUUUUGCGGACAGGUCGUCGCCGCCGGCCCCGGCGCCACCGCCUUCCAACCGGGCCAACUGGUCUACGGCACGACGGCGGCGCCUGCGCAGUUCGGCUCGCUGGGCGAGUACCUGCUCUGCAAGACGGAGCACGUCGCUCUCCUGCCGGACGGGGUCGCACCCGACCACGCGGCCACCGUCGGGGUCGCCGCGCAGACGGCGUACCAGUCUAUCGCGCCGUACGUCUCGGCGGGGGAUCGGGUGUUCAUCAACGGGGGUUCGGGCGGGUGCGGGAUCUUCGCGAUCCAGAUUGCCAAGGCGCUGGGGUGUAGCGUCACGACGACGUGUUCGACGCGCAAUGUGCCGUUCUGCAAGGAGCUGGGGGCCGAUGAGGUCAUCGACUACACCCAGGACGAUGUGCUGGCGGUACUCCGCGCCCGGGGCCCGGUGUAUGCGCACGCCGUCGACCAUAUUGGGCUGCCCGAGGCGCUGUACUCGCAGUCGCAUAUGUUCUUGCUUCCGGGGAAGGCGUUUGUGCAGGUUGGUGCGCUGUCGAUGCUGACGUUUGUGCGGCGGGUGGUGUGGCCGGGGUUUUUGGGCGGUGGGCGGAGGAAGUAUGUGAUCUUUAUGAUGAAGAGUAAUCAGCGGGAUAUCGCGACGCUGGGGGAGUGGAUGCAGCAGGGGAAGCUGCGCGUGGAGGUCGACAGCACGUAUGAGUUGGAGGAUGCGGUCAAGGCGUUUGAGAAGUUGCGUUCGGGGAGGGCCCGAGGGAAGAUUAUCAUUCAUGUUUCUACUGAGUCCAGCUGA